CUCCUCUUCCUCCUUCCCGUUGUCACUCACGGCUGGAGAAGCACGUUUCAUCCACCGGCCUGCUUUCACACCGACAAGACCACUAAAACAGCAGUAAGUACCGUUAACAUUGACUGACAGCUUGGGUUUCAUUGUGGGGAUAACUGCUGGGGUUUAUUUAAACCAAGUAUUUGUGAAAUAAAUGAAUAUUCAGUGUUGUACAGCCUGUGUUAGCCGAGGCUAGCAUGCGACUAGCUGUGAAUGGGGCAGCUUGCUAGUGCUAAUGCUAACGCUUCUGUCACCCCGGUGUUCCGGUGAAUUCUGCUGCUAUAUUGAAAUAAGCCCCUUCAUGGGUUACCAUUUCCAGUACUGCGGAUACAAAUUCUGGCUUUUUUAUUGAUAUUUAAGGUAUGUCUUUUGGUUACAGCCGGGUCUAAGUGUCUUGCAAGAAUAAACGAACACAUGCUUUGGUAAUUUAUCUGAUAAUAAAUUUAUGCUUUGAUAAAAAUCUUCAUCAUUCAAGGUAAAACGUCUCGGUGGGAAAAUCCUUUAUCAAAUUACGCCCACAACAAACUAUUUCGAAUGGUUCAAGAAACAUAAAAUACAUACUUUGGUGUGUUAUGUUAUAUAAUGUCACUCUUAAUUCAAAAUUUAAGCCUUUUAGUGGGUAAUUCACUUGUCUAUGUUGGGUCACGUUUUUGUAAUUUGAUGAACUUCUCCGUCGUUAACGAUGAAUUUGUCAAUUCGAGGGUGAUUUAAGUGUCUACAUGCUUUUAUCUGCGUUUAUGAAGGUCAAAAAUCUCAAUUUAAGGGUUUUAAAUUAUGUCCCAAUCUGGUUUGCAUUGAUUUGUGGACGCGGUACAGGGGCCAACGGUUGCAGUUCUGAGCAUGCGCAGACGUGCGUAGACCCACUUUAGAAGAUUUUAGAUUGGUAGUACUAUUCGACAGAACACCAGACUAGAAACCGGCUUCGGUGGUUUCGCUUUUACCCAAAAUUGAAAUGUAAAGUCAAAAUGAAGACUAAACGCUGUUGUGUCACAUUUUCAAAAUAACCACACAAAAUGUUUGGGGGUCUCUUUUAAAUUUGCGGGGAUAAAAUUCAUCAUUUCAUUCCCGCGUCUUCUAAGAGGAAAGACUGCUUUGAGGUUAGCAUGGCACACCUUUGGGGAUGACAGCUGUACUGAGGCUUUCAACUUGCCUUUUUUCUCAUUGUGUAACAUCUUGCACAACUGGAUUUUCGAGAUACAUGUAUAUAUAAACAUGUAAGACUCAGGGGUGAAAGUGUUGGUUCAAGUGUAAAGCCAUUUAAAGCCCAAUCUGUUUUCUCAAUGAGCCCAGACUGAUCCAUUCAGGUUUCGAUUUAAGAUGGUCUAAUAUUGUUAAAUGCUUUAGUUGUAGUAUUUUGUCUAGACUGUAAGUAAAUUGGAGUCAUAUCUAUUAGUUUUAUGUAAAAUCUCUCCCUUAGUGACUGUGCCCCAUGUUCCUUAAGUGUUUAAUUUCCUCUUGACCCUGUUUUUUAAUUAUUGUGCAGCCUUUUAACUUGAUCUGCAUAUAUCUAAAAGAUAAAACAUGAAGUUUGAAGGUACUUGUCGAUGGUAUUUAAGGGUAGUAUAAAACGGGCACAAAGAUAGGUGAUGCCUUGUAAAGGUCAUACGAGGUGACGUCUGCAAAGCAGGGCACAAUGGAAAAACUGGUACAUUAAUAACCAUCUGAUUUAAUCUGCAACUGCUUAUACAAAAGUAAAAUGCUUAAAUUUGAUACAUUUUCUGCAGCCAUCUGUGACAGCAAACUAAUAGUUGUUGCACAAUUCAAGACAGUAAAAGCUAUUAGGGAUGUCCCAAUCAGCUUUUAUGCUGAUCCAAUCUAGAUCUAUAUAUUUCUGCAGAUACUGAGCCCUAAUCUGAUACAGAGCUGCACACUGCAUUAUAAGUGAUCAUAUUUGAUGAAAACAGACUAAUCAAUGUACUCAAAAGGCCUGUCUUUGUACAGUGGAGCCAUCUGAAACAUCAUUUCACAGCCUCUAUAGAUAACCUUACAUCAUCUUCAUUCCCUGGUCAGUGGUCUGCUCCAUGAUAGGAGCAUUUCAGUGCUGUUAAAACAGGGAUUGCAUCACCUGUAGCAUCAGCUCUUGAAGGAGAGAUAAAACCUAGUGUGCUGUCUGUGAAGCUAAGAGUAAUUGUUGUGUGUGUAGUUUAUGGAUGUCUGGUCAAAUUGGUGUACAAAUCAAGUUAAACUCCAAAAUGAAUCCUAUCACUCAUGCUCCAAACAUAGAAAUAUGUUUUUCCUCAGUCCCUCAGAGGCUGAACAUAAAUUUGUGGACUCCAGCACUCUUGCAGAAUCCUGAAAUAUGCGAGUGUGUACCUCUGAAGUCUGCUAAUCCUCAGUGCUGUCCACACCCUGAGUUAACCCCCGUCCUUAAAUGCCCUCUGCUGGACUUCCUGCAGACGAGUGCAGACUGAUGCAACAAGGAAAGCUUUGUGUUUGCUGUAAAUGCCAAACCAUAAAACAUCAGAACCUUUGAGAAGUUGCUUGAGUCAUAAAAACCAGAGUUAUGUUCAACUUUAAUACAAUAAAGAAACAUUUAAGUAUCUGCUGAAGUCUGAAGGUCUCUCUUAAGGUCUGUACAGGCUUGCAGACUUGCCUCUGAACUGGAGCAGAGUACACAGCUUUAAUAACACACCACUGGACCGUGCUGUUGAACUGGGUUGUUCCUCUGUUACUGUAAACAUGGGCACAGGAGGUUAUUUUUAGUCUUUCCCUACUCACACAGUCCCGCUGCCAGAAAUACCUCCUAGAGCACCAAAUUGGUACUAAUAAGCUGCUUUAAAUAGCGCCCUGCUUUCUUCUGUUUGAUCAUUUACUGAAAUGCCACAACACCAAGAGGUCAAAGUAUUAAGAGCUGGUCUUACCGAAACUGUCACUCAGGGAUUUGUAUCCUCAGAUUUACUUUUUUGCAUCUAAAGUGAUCUCUAAAAUUUCUGUUCAAGUGAGAGACAAAGACCAAAUUUGGGCAAGAAAUCCACAACCAUUAGGGAUGGGAAUCGAGAACCAACUCUUGUUGAGAACCGGUUCCAAAUGGUUCAAUCCAUCGACAUCAUUUACAUCUUAUCUUAAUGAUUCCCUUAAUGAUUCUUUUCUUCUGGUCGUCAGCCGCCGCUGCUCUGUCUCAGCAACGGCAUGGAAGGUACGCAUGUCCUGUGUCAACAUAAGCGCAAUGCAUGCCAGACUUGGACUGAGUUAGAAGCGUGUCAGAAACACUCGACCCGACCCAAAAAAACCUCGAAAUUUUUCACGCAACUCCACCUCCCACUUAGUAAUGUCCUCUUUUUGGGGAUCCAGAAUUUGGUCACCCUAAUUUGACUCAGUACUGACCGAAGUAAAUGCUGUACAAAUAGUUUGUUGUUGGAUUAUCUGUAGACUACUGUCAUCAGAGACUUAAUAAAAUUUUGAGUUAACGGUGAAAACCUAAAGUCUACUUUUUUUUUUCAAAUCAAGGAAUAAGGGAAUCGUUAAAGAAUUGAAUCGAUAAACAGAAUUGAUUAUGGCAUCGAUAUCGAUAAAAUCUUAACAAUUCCCAUCCCUAACAACCAUGGGUUACAGUCAGCAGAGUGUCAAAUAUGAACCCUAACAGAGAAGCAAAAUCUUCCCCAAGAUCUGAUCAGACUUAAGACCCUGCAUAAUUAAACUUUCCAUCUUAAUUUGACGAUAUGUUCUGCUGCAUCUUUUAUCUGCACAUAGACCGAGCAGUAAUUUAGUGGAUUCAUUGAUCAGUUUUUCAGAUAGACCACAUAUUAGAGCCCGCCUGAUUAAGUCAGUGGUUUGUGUAUUUAAUUCACUGAUGGGGUUUAAGGAUUGAUAACGCUGCAGCUGCAAUCAUGCAGUUCCUCCGAUUACAGAUCAAGAGGAAGUCGUGUUCACAGUGGAAAAGCUCAGUCGUGGAUCUCCGUUGCAGCUCUUAGCGAGUAUUUUCCGCAUUAGUCACUCCUCUACCAGACCGCAGGGGUAACCACGUCAGAUCCUUUUGAAGGUUUCCUCUCAUUUUCGAGAGGGUUGUAAUUAACACGCAGCGUCUUUCUCCUCAUGUUGCAUUCAGAGUUGGAUCAGUGAGUAUUCCUUGAAAACACUCACACUGAUGUGGUUUGAGUUUCGUUUCUCCUCUUGUCCUCUCCUGUCAGUGUUUUUAAAAAGAUGGUGAUUGUUAAAUUUCCUUUUUCAAUGGCUUGCGGUCAACUGGAUGAAAAGAGCGUGUUGAGCAUUUGACGCUGAUAAUAGUUUAAGCUCGAUACCUUUUCAGAGAAAGGUGAGUGGAGAGUUUGAAUCCAACUUUUUUUCCUUUCAACAUAAGCAGGAAAUGCCUUCCCAGAAAUCAUUGCUCCAUGGUGUUUACAUCCACAUGUCGGCUUGUAAAGUGAAUGUUCUUCAUGUACUUGAACAGAAAAGUAAAAUGUGGUUAAAAUGACUUGUGUGAUGAUUUAAAGGGCAAAACCUGCCGAGUCAGACUGAACAAGCAUGAGCAUGUCGGUGUUUUUCACAGAUCUCUCUGAAUGUCAGCAUGUGAUUGAUGUUUUAAUAUUUGAUCUGAAACAUUUUCACUCUUUUCAGCAUGUUUUCAUUUCAUUGUGCAGAGGUUGUGUUUGUGCAUAAAUGAAAUUAUUUUCAAAUUUGCAUCGCAGCGAAGUGACGAAUCCAAAAAGAGAAAUAGUUUGUUAAUCCUGCAGAAAUGCCCCGAACAAAAAAGGAAACUGUUUGUGGGUACAAACUGUUCACUGUAUUAACAUGCCUCCAUCGUCUCCAACUCUUCCAUGUGUAGCCAAAAUAUCAACUCAGUGGUGAAGCCAAGGCAUGCUCAGAAGUAAUCUGGCUCUUGCAGCUGCAGGAUUGAUAUCACAACCUUAACACGAACCAAAACAGGGAUUUAAUUUACCAACAAGAUGUCAGAGAUCCCUGAGUUUGGUGUAGUUUACAGGAGAUUUGAAGCAGACACUCACAGCUGUUAAAAGUUAUUGUUUUUAACUCCUCCUCUAUUCUGGUAAUCCUGGAAUAUAAAACUACAAGAGAAGAAGAAGUAGCCGACAGCUAGUGAUCUAGCAACCAUCAGCGAGACGAUUCGGCAUGUUUAAAACUGAUGUUCAAGAUUGAUCAUGAAUCUAAAAACAGCGUUAGCCCUUAUACCUCUUCAGAUUACUAAUAAAGUAAACAUUUAUCCUUUUUUCUCUUUUUUUAAAGGCUUUUAUUCAGUUCUGUAACUUACAAUCGACCAGAAAUAGUCAACUUCAAAAUAAAAGCGUACUUUUACAAAGCGAUUGAUGUGGGGUUCUCUCUCAAACAAUCAAAAACAGUGGAAAAGACAGGCGUGGUCGAAAAAUAUGGUUAUGGUGAAAUUUAUUUAGCUGGCUUCCCAAGGCGCAGUGCAAAAAUAUUUACAAAAGGGUGCAAAAAUGGUCAAAAUACUAUUUACAAAAGAUGUACAAGGCAAAAAAAGAAAAUGCCAACAAGGCAAGAGUUCUGCAACAACUCCAGAUUCUUGCUCAAGAAAAAUAAUGAGUGUGUUUGAACUGCCCACAGUUAGUGACAACGCAACUCCGCAGCAAUCUAAACAAGAGUUGGCUUCACUCAGGAUAGUUGAUCUGCCUGUGUGUUCUACAGUCAGCAGUCCAGACCCACUAAUGCUCUUUAUAAUUAUUCUAUUGAAUCAAAAGUAUCUUAUCAAUUUAUCAGUCAUUGUCUCCAUGAUAGAGCCUCAGUUUUGAACCUUAUUUUAAGGAUCAAUUUUAUUUUUAGUAAGGAUCAUAUGAUAGCUGCAAACUGAGCAUGUUUGGUCGAUAUAAGACCUACGCUGCAUGUCUUGGAGCUCUAAUCAUUUUCCCUUGAUUGCAUUGGAUAAAUAUGCUUACGCCAUCAACUUUCAUUUAUUGCACUUAACACAAGAUUGCAAAUAUUUAUAAUGGACGAUUUUUCUGUUGAUAUAUCAUGAACGAUAAUUUAUCGCCCAUCCUUACUACAGGUUUUUAAAAGAUUUGAGCGCUCAGUUUACCGUAUUUUUUGCACUAUAAGGUGCACCUGAUUAUAAAGCGCACCAUCAAUGAACGCGUCUAUUCACGUCUAUUCUCAUACAUAAGGCGCACUGGAUUAUAAAGCGCAUUAAGUCAAACAAAACAGAUAAGUCAAACUUGAUUUAACUCAUUCAAUAACUCUGCAAGGCUACGGUAGCUGCAGUUCUCCGACAAGCCAAAAGGAUUUUAAGUGCGCCUUAUAGUGCGAAAAAUACGGUAUAUAAUUUUGAGGGAUAAGAUUUAGUUGGAGCAGAUCUGAAGUUCUCUCUCCUCUGCUCUGCAUCAGCCUGUGGAUGAAAGUGUCUCCUAACAGACCGUCACAUGAGUCAGUUCCUUGCACAGAAGAUCAUAGUUUACAUGCAUGCAUUUCUCCUGAUGUCAUGCAUGCUUGUCCAUCCUCUCACAUCUUUGGAGUCACAUGUCUGUCUUCGUUUCAUGAGCAUUUCUGCAACAAAAGAAGAAGAUCUUGAAUUUGAAAUAACUUGUUGUUGUACUGAGUCUGAUAGAUGAAUCCCUGCGUGUCUCUAAACCUUCCUGCAUCCCUCUUACUAAUCCAACAGCCUCUGCCUUUUAUUCUCUGUUUUAUUUCCUGCAACGGAUCAAAGAUGAUGUCCAAGAAGAUCCCCUCGUGUUCUGCUUUGGAUCAGUCGGAGCACGAUCAGCCUCCCAGUCAUUGUCUGGUGGACCGGUCAGCAAACGCCGCUCUGGGAUGCAGGAACAACAACAACAACAACAAGGCUGAAUCAGGUCAAAGAAACGGAGAGUCCUCGUCCCCGGAGAGCGGCAGUUUGAACGGAGAUGCAAAGCGUAGCGGGAAAAGCCGCCACCGCCGCAAGAAGCGUUCAUCUAAUUCUGAUAGUAACCGUGAGGAGUCGGUGGAAAGUAAGCCUAAAGAGGAGGAGAAGCCGGAGAGAAGGACUGGCCAGUCUUCAAACCCUCACUCUGGACUGGUUGGCCUGCAGUCUGAGUGCGCUAACAUCUGGUUUGAGCGCAGCGUCUACGAGCGAGCGGAGAGUCUCUACCAGUGCUGGCUGGCGAGCUCCUCCAACGGGACCAAACAGCCGAACCGGUCACCUCCGCCUCAACAAAAACACUCAAACUCUCCAUCAGCUCCAGCUCCAUCUUCCUCAGCAUCGGUGUGUCAACACGGGGAACAGACAGCCUGCCAUCAUGUCGUCCAGGCCGUGUGGGUGAACAAGAUGACCUUUGACCAAGCUGAACGCCGCUUUGUCGAAGAGUCCAUGCAGCCGUCUAUCCCGAACUCUCUGAACCUUCCUCCUCCACCAAACCGCUCCAUCGCAGCCAGAACUCCCGAUGAAGGAUAUCAGUCUCUAGCCCCGACUCCUUCAACCCCUGUUGUCCAACACGCAGCUAUAACGCCAACCAAUCGACAGUCCAUCAACGGUCUUCCCCGCAUCCCCGUGGAGCUGCUGAGGGACGUCUGGCUGGAGAAACCGCUCUACGACCGCGCCGAAGCGGCUUUUUACCAAAACCUGUACGGGAACAAUUCCUUCAAACGCUCCAGCUGCGCCUCCACUUCCAGAAGUAGCGACCACCCUCAAAGCCUCGUAGAAGAAGAGGAGGAGGAGGAGGAAGAGCAGAAAGUGGUGCCGGUGGAGGAGAAAAGGGUGGUCAUGCAGGGGAAAGCCGAAGUCUUCCACGCUCUGCUCCCGAUUCAGGAGGAGGAGGAGCCAGCGGAGGUCCCGGAGACAGAAGAGGAGUCGGGGGCAGGAGUUUGCUUCUUCGCUCACCCGGACAGCGAGCGGGUGUGGCUGGACAAGUGGCGGUAUGACGCUGCAGAGAGCCGUUUCCAUUCUCACAGCAGGAGUGAGGCUGUGGAGGCGAAAAAGGGUCGGAGGCAGGAAGCGGCGCCGGUUGCCUCCAGCGCCCCUCAGAGGGACAAGUAUGACAAACGAGGAGAAUGGAUCUCGCGAUGUUUCCAUUUGAUCUUUUCCCAUUUUCUCAGUUUUCUCAUGAAUUGAAUGCGUUUAUUUUCCUUCAUCGUCUUCAGUAUUUUUCAUUUUUCCUGGUUCAUUGAUUCCUUCUGCCUUUUUGUUUCCUCAGUAAUCCUGGAUGACUGAUUUUGUUUGAACCAUUGUUGAGUUUUUCCUCUUUGUUUUUAUUUUCCCUCUGUGGUUGUGUUGGGAUGGUCUGUUUGUGGGUAAACUGCAAAAAAUAAGGUAUUUUAACAUGUUAAUUUUUAGAUUUAAUCUUGAUCUGAGAUUAACGAAUACCAGAGGAUUAAAAAUACCAAUAUUAGUCGUAGUAAUACAGAUUUUGUUUUGUUUUUUUUCCUUUGCUCUGACCUCCUGUGUCCUCUUCAACCUUUCUCCUUCCUCGCUCUCUUUUCUGCAGAACCAUGACUUCAGCGGACUUCCUCGCCCAGGAGAAGAUCUGGUUUGACAAACCUCGCUAUGACGAGGCAGAGAGGCGCUUCUACGAGCGGAUGAACGGCUCUCCACAACCGAUGAUGACAACAACAACAACAGCAGCGCAGGUACUACACUGACACAAACGCUGGGGUUAUACAUGCUCUUUUAGCCGUGUUAUUGAAGAGGGACAGAGGUGAGGCAAAAUGACGUUUGUUAUCCUUGUAAAUUUCAGUAUCUGUAAAUUUUUCGGUUUAUUGCCUAGCCGUAGCUCUAACACCUCUUUUGUGGUAGGGUCAGGGAGCUAAAGAAGCCCACCUGCCGUCCUGUUAGAAACAUUUGGUGCAACAUUACCCAAAGUAUGAAAAAGGAAACCCAGCUGAUUAAAUUAUGUUUAAAUUUGACUGAUUUCUGGUGUGAAAUUGGUCACUGUGAAACUAACAUACUGUUGAAAUUCUCAUCCCAAGCAUUUGUCAUUGAACUACGAAAGACGAUAAGGGCCACAAGAGGAGAAAAAAAUAACAGAAGGGAGAUUUUUUGAUUUCCAUUUCGAGAUUAAAAUUGAAAUUUAAAAAAAUUGAAAUUUCGACUUAAUUCAUUUUGCCAGCAAUCUUGAAAUUUCAGCAUUAUUCACAACAUUUCGCCAAUUUAUAAUUUCAAAAUUUCGGUUUUAAUCUUGAAAUUUGAAUUUUUAAUCUGAAAUUUUGACUUUAUUGACAUAAUUUUGAUUUUUUUCAUCUUGAAAUUUCAAUUUUAAUCUCAAAAGUUCUACAUUAUUCACGACAUUUUGUAAUCAUGCAAUUUCGACUUAUAUCUGUAUUUCAAUUUUGAAUCCCGAAAUUUCAACUUUAUUGACAUAAUUUCGAUGUUUUUAUGUUGAAAUUUCAACUUUAAUCUCGAAAUUUUAAUUUUUAAUCUCAGGUUUUUAACUUAAUUGACAUAAUUUCGAUUUUUUUAUGCUGAAAUUUGACUCCAGUCUUGAAUUAUGGACUUUCAUCUUGAUAUUUUAAUUUUUAAUCUCAAAAUUGCGACUUCAUUGACAUAAUUUUGAUUAUUUUUAAUCUCGAAAUUUUGACUUUAAUCUUGAAAUUUCGACUUUAAUCUCCUUCCUGUGAUUAUUUUUCUGUCCUUUUAUGUUGCCCUUAUCCUCUCUUGUAUUCAACACUUCAGAGUGGCCUUAAUUUCAUUUUUCCUGAGGCUGCAUUAACGUGUUUUAUUCUGUUGUCAAUUUAAUAAUGAAGGAUUAUCUGUGAUUUCUUUGCAGGAUGCAGGAGCCAACAGCAUUCUGCAGGACAUCGCUCGGGCCCGGGAAAACAUCCAGAAAUCACUAGCAGGAGUAAGUAACAGAUAUGUGUCGUAUCUGCUCCUAGAAUAAUGCACUUAAUCUGUUUUAGAAAGGUCAAAGAUGUUGGAUUAGUCUUGGAAGUUUUAAGGCAGUGCAUGAAAAGUGACUGGAUUCCUCCCACAGACGAAUUUUUGUCAAAACAAAACUGAAUGAACAUUUUUGUCCAAGUAAUUUGAGUGUCCUUGUUUGUCCUUGAGCAUCCUGUACCUCAUUCAGUUGUGUCCCCCUCUCCCUUCCUCCUUCCAUCCCUCCAUCAUUCAUGCCUGAAAUCCCCUCCUCCCCCCAGCUCAAGUCCACACUGUGUAACAGAGGGUCUGGUCAACCUCCCCUGAGCCGUCAGUCCCAGUUUGUAAGUGCCACCCAAGUCGUGUGUGUCCCUGGAAGCACCUCGCUGACAUCCACGCUCCAGUUUCCUAGAGUCCACCCCCUUUAGAUUAGAGGUUUUUGUAGCUGCUAGAUGGUUUUUGUGUGUGAAGUGUUGCAAGUGUAGCUGCUUUCACUUAUCCUCCUGUCAGACUGCAGCUCCUGUGUCUCCGAUGCCACUGGCUGUGUUGUGUUUUCACUCUGCUCGAUCGUCCUGAGUGUGACCAGAUGACUUUCCGCCUGGUUUGGCUUUCAGACGCUGCUCUCAAUAAACCGUACUGAUUUUUUUUCUCUCCGUCUCUCUUUUGUGACUCAAAACAGCAGCAGCAGCAGAGCGGCAUCAGUGCAGCCGAUCAAGGGGAAAUCGUCUCUCGAAUCAGGGGCCUGGAGCUGGAGAACCAGAGCUUACACAAAGGUGCUUCUAUCGUAAUCACAGUUAUUUUGGCUUAUAUUGAUAUUACGAUUAUCGAGCCAUUGUCAUGUCAUAGAAGACCACAUAUCAGAUUUUCAAAUGUUUGGUUUUUAUUCAAAUUCGAGGAGUUUUGAUCUUCUGCUUCUGUUUCUUUAGUGGUUGAAGACUUGAGGGCAGCACUUUCCAAACUGGAGUGUCGGGUAUCAGUCCUGGAGAAGUCUCCUGCAGCUGUGACCCCAGCUCCCGUUCCUUCAGUCCCUUACACAAAUGUGAGUUUUUACACGCUGUUUUCAUCCGAUCAGUUCUCAGUUAUUACCGCAGACCACAUGUGAUUGUAUUUACUUUUAUGUAGGGUACAACCGUCCAGCAGAAAAGCAGCGCUCCGGUGAAAAAGGUGGAAGAGGAUGAUGAUGAUGACGACGAUGACAUUGAUCUGUUUGGGAGCGAUGAAGACGAGGAGGCAGAAAAAAUCAAAGAGCAGAGGUUGAAAGAGUACGCGGAGAGAAAGGCCAAGAAGCCCGGCGUCAUCGCCAAGUCCUCCAUCCUACUGGACGUCAAACCUGUGAGUCCAAAACGAAAACAGCUGUGAUGUGUUUUCACAGGUUUGAUACUGACUCCUCUCACCUGUCUUCUUAGUGGGAUGAUGAAACGGACAUGGCGAAGAUGGAGGAGUGUGUGCGCUCGGUGCAGGCCGAUGGUCUGUUGUGGGGCACAUCGAAGCUUGUUCCCGUCGGUUACGGCAUCAAGAAACUCCAGAUCGCAUGUGUGGUGGAGGACGAUAAGGUGGGAACAGACAUGUUGGAGGAGGAAAUCACCAAGUUCGAAGACUAUGUAAGGACACUGCAAAGAAACAUCUACGAUAACAUUAAUUUUUACAUUUUGAUGGUCAGAAGGACAUUCAUAAUCUUUGUUUCUGUUCUGAUCUGUUUCAGGUCCAGAGUGUCGACGUAGCAGCUUUCAACAAGAUUUGAUUCCUGUGUGUCUCUUCCUGUCUCUUGUCAUGCCUUGUUUCUCUGCUGAUUGUGUCAACGGUUAAUAACAAUAAAAACCCAACUCUUGCACUGAAGCUGAA